AUGUUAGCAAAAUCAUUAAUCUUCUCUAAAAACUCAUCAAAGGCAGACAAAAUUUUUUCAAAUGAUAAAUUGACUGUUACUUCUUUUUCUUUAAAUGCCACUUGCGAAAAAAUUUCAGCUUCAACUACAACUUCUACCUCUAUUUUUACAAGACCAAAUUUCUUGAACUACUAA